AUGGCGGAUCAACAGAAGGUGCAGACAAUGUUGAAACUAAUCCUUGCAUUGGUUGUUUGCUUGAUUGCAGUGGCUGCAAAAGAUGAAGACAAGCCUAAUGUCUACUCUUACCCUCCACCUCCAGCAAUUGACUACUAUAAGUCACCGCCGCCCCCUUCGCCGUCACCUCCACCGCCAUAUUACUACUACAUGUCACCUCCGGAUUAUUAUUAUAAGUCUCCGCCUCCCUACCAAUACAAAUCACCUCCUUAUUCCAAAGCACCAGCACCAGAAUAUUACAAGUCUCCGGCUCCCUACUAUUACAAAUCACCUCCUUAUCACAACGCACCACCACCGGAAUAUUAUUACAAGUCUCCUCCUCCCUACCAAUACAAAUCACCUCCUUAUUCCAAAACACCACCACCUGAAUAUUAUUAUAAGUCUCCGGCUCCCUACUAUUACAAAUCACCUCCUUAUCACAACGCACCACCACCGGAAUAUUAUUACAAGUCUCCGCCUCCCUACCAAUACAAAUCACCUCCUUAUUCCAAAACACCACCACCUGAAUAUUAUUAUAAGUCUCCGGCUCCCUACUAUUACAAAUCCCCUCCUUACUAUUAUACUUCACCUCCACCUCCCUACCCGUCAUAUACCCCUCCUUAUUAUUACAAGUCACCACCUCCCCCUUCUCCAUCGCCUCCUCCUCCUUACUACUAUAAGUCACCACCCCCUCCUUCUCCCUAUCCUCCUCCAGCAUACUAUUACAAGUCACCUCCUCCACCUUCGCCUUCACCCCCUCCUCCAUACUAUUACAAAUCGCCGCCUCCUCCUUCUCCUUCUCCCCCUCCACCAUACUAUUACAAGUCACCACCCCCUCCUUCGCCUCCUCCUCCGCCUCCAACCUACUACUACAAAUCCCCACCACCUCCUUCCCCCUCACCUCCUCCACCAUACUAUUACAAGUCACCACCUCCCGCAUCUCCUUCUCCUCCAUACUAUAAGUAAUCACCACCUCCUUCACCUUUACUUCAUCCAUAUAUACUACCAUAUGUCUCAGCCUCCCCCAUCUUCCUUGUCUCCUUCUCCUUCUUCACCACUAUACGUUUCCAUCUUCCGCAUCUCCUUCUUCUUACUGUAUGUUGACAAGUCACCUCUUUGCUUCUCCACCUCCUCCUUAAUUACUACUAUACAUCUCCAUCUCCAUCAUCUACGUCGCCUUUGUCACUGUGCUACUAUAUACCUGGCCUCCACUUCUAUCUCCAUCACCAUUCUUUACUACUAUACAUCUCCAUCUCCGCCAUUCCCAUCUUCUCCACUAUAUUCCAAUAAAUGUCCAUCUUUACCACCUAUGACUGGUUUGAUGAAGUUGUGUUUGCUGAAUAAGAGGAAAUAAGAAUUUGUUUAAGUGCUUGACAGCUCAAAGAUAUACAUUGAUCAUAUGCGAACAUGAUAUGUUACAGCACUUUUUCUUUGAUGUAUCUCGCUUAGUUACUGUUUCGUUGAAUAUUAAAGCCUUUAUGUGUGUAAUUUUUGUUUGUUUGUUUGAAUAAAAUUAAGUAUGUUUCUGUUGGA